AUGGGCGAUGGUGCCGUAGAUGGGGACAUCCAAAAGGCGAUUAUCCAACUCAAAAACAAAACAGCUGCAUCGAAUCAGCAAAAGCUCCUUAUAAAUGCACAAAUCGACGCCCUUUCUAAGCAGAUCCGUCGCUCUGAACUAGUGACAGAAGAAAUAACAUCCUUGCCAGACGGCGUGAAUACUUACAGUUCAAUCGGUCGAAUGUUUAUUCAAAAGAACGUCCCUGAUCUAGUUAGGGAUCUAUCGUCGCAAAGUGAGGAGUACAAACGGACCAUUGAGUCACUAAAGAAGAAGCUGGAUUACGUAAGUAAAGGCCUUGCAGACGCACAGCAAGGAUUGAGAGACCUGAUCAGCGCUAAACAGCAGAAAAUGUAA